UCAAAGAUGUCAGCCUCCAUUGCCACGUUUGUUGACAUUAGUUAGCGUCCUGGAAAAAAGCGCUGUCAUGUGAUACAACGUUAAAAUGGAGAACUCAAAUUGGCGAAAAUUGUUGCAAAAACAAUUCUACGACGUGCUGUCUCAUCGCUAUGGACUGUUAGUGCUGCUUGUUGGAGCGAUUGUUAUUGUAGUAUCAGCAUUUCAUUUUGGAGAGACUGUUGUGGAAUGGAGUACAGAAAAAUAUGCCUCAGUGUUCAAUUCAUUCAGUGACAAUUUAGCUGGAAAAUCGUACAGAGAAAGGUUGUGCUUACCAGUACCCAUAGAUGUUGUAUACACCUGGGUCAAUGGGACAGAUCCUCAACUGAUCCGAAACCUAAAGCGAGUCAAACUGGAAAUGCAAGACCAGCUUAACAUAUCCAGUAUACAUAAGUCUAGUAGCGGUGAGGUAAAAUGCGUGUUCAGUAAUUGUGUCCGCAACAAUAUGGUUGUUCUUAGCCCUGGGUUGUCAGGCAAUGUCACCCUAACCUUGUUGAAGGUCAUGCACCCAGAAUUCCAUAGGGCUAUGGCCUUGACCCAGGUGACCUCGCCCUUGGAUUUGAAUAACUACACAGUUGUGGCAUUCGCUGACAGGGACCAAGCGGCCGACAUCGUCAACCGUACACUACUGAUUAAAUGGCAGAACACAUCAAUUAUCCAGGGAUAUAUUACGUCCGAUGGAAAGAUUCCGAACGCCAUAGAGUUACACGAUCAGAUCCUUAUGUUGGGAUUCCCUCACACACUAACGGUUGAGGAACUUCGGCAGAAACUACCUGAGAAACACAGAAACAGGAUUGAGAAGCUGGAGAUUGACACAGACAAGGGGGUUGCUGUGUUGUAUGCCAAGAGCUCUAAGGAAUGCGCCGACAUUCUCUCAGAGACCAACUUUACUAUUGAGGGCAAGGAGCCUACAUUGAGCCCUGCCCAUUUUGUGUGGGACCUGAGAGAUUUUUCACAUGAUGAAGACAUAUCUGCAAGUCGAUUUGAGGACAAUGAGGAGUUGCGAUACUCGUUAAGAUCACUGGAGAGGUUUGCUCCAUGGGUGCGACACGUGUUCAUCGUAACUAAUGGGCAGCUGCCGUAUUGGCUGAACUUGGAGAACCCUCGCGUUUCAAUAGUGACUCAUGAGGAAAUAUUCGCCAACGAGAGUCAUCUGCCAACCUUCAGCUCUCCUGCUAUUGAGAGCAACCUCCAUCGCAUUCCGGGUCUCUCAGACAAGUUUGUCUACAUGAACGAUGAUGUCAUGUUUGGCAAGGAGGUGUGGCCGGAUGAUUUCUACUCCCACAGCUCUGGUCAAAAGGUAUACCUGACCUGGCCGGUUCCCAACUGUAAUGAGGGCUGCCCCCAGAGCUGGAUACGGGACGGCUACUGUGACAAGGCGUGCAAUGUCUCUGAGUGCGAGUGGGAUGCAGGGGACUGUGACGGUACCAACCCUAAUGCUCAUCACCAGGGAGGUUGGGCAGGGAGCUGGCAUGGAGAUACCCGUGCAACAGGCUAUUGCCAUUCUGGUUGUGCCAAUAACUGGAUAGCUGACAGGUACUGCGAUACAGCCUGCAAUGUACUGGAGUGUGGUUUUGAUGCAGGGGACUGUGGCACCUCCCGCUACUUCAACCUUCAUGGCAUGAUGCUGACUCCAGAUGUGUCCGAAUACACACUGCCUACAGGUUUAGCGUACGGAUACUUCAAUCUUACGAGUCUGUUAGUGAAUAAUUUCACGCUAAAGGGAGCCUUCUAUGAUGACAACAAGGCAGUGCGGACGAUAGCCGUGGCAAAGAAGUUCAGCGUGCUCACCAUUGUCUGCUACAGCAACAUGAGCAGCACCAGAGUGAACUUCAGUCUUGAGCUCCAGAGAGAUAACAGAACCAGUCUGAUGAAUUUUUCAUUAAAUAUUGAUACAAGACCUCAAAAAACUGUUGUUGCUUUGAAUAAAACAAUGGCUGAAGUUGAAACUAAGAAUGUAACCAUAGCAACCAAUAAGACUGAUGUCAAGCCAACGGAAGAAACUAUAUUAUUUCCAGAAAUAUCCAAGGAACAAAUAAGCCCUAAGGUCCUUCCCCCUACAUUUAGCCCAGAUGACCCUGGGGUGGGUAUUUCCCCCAUGCCUGCCAACCUUAGCCUUGUACCAUGGCCGGAUCAUCUACAGGAUCAGUUUGAUAGGCUCACAGCUGAGCUAGAAGGAGGGGAGAUCACCCAGGCUGGAUUUGACAAAAGGAUGAAGGUGCUAUGGAAACAAUACCAGAAAUACCUGCUCUCUUCAGAUGCCAUAUUAGACGAGCAAAAAAGAAAGUUACGUGUCAAGGACCAACAAGAUAAGAAAAAGAAGAUUCAAGAUCCCAAAAAGCCAGCGGUAGGUUUAACACAGAAAACUCCUGCGGGAAUGGUGGAUCCCAGAGACCGCAAGAAAAUGGCCCAGGCAGCGGCUAUGAAGGAGAAACUUAAAAUGAAAAUAAAGGGUUUGGAAAAAGAGAAAAAUGCUGCUGUGGAUGAUGGUAAGUUAGAUGAUCAUAAUGACAAUAUUAUUGAACUUGUUGAAGACAAAAAUGAGAAGGAAAAUCAUCCACACAAAUCCCGGAAUCUUCUGGCAUAUUUCAAUGAAAGUCUAGUGUUUAGGGGCGUAAAUGAGCUGGAAGAUGAUGCCUUUGCGACAGGUUUGGAAACUGUCGACAGUUAUGUGGAAGAUGUUGACAUUCAGCCAGAUACUGUGAGGCUGUUACCAUGGGAGAAGGGAAGCUUAGCUGAUUUACAGCAGCAAUGGGAGAAACAGGAAGCCCAGGCCAGUUAUCAAUACCCAAAUUUCAAGCAGCGACAUCUGAUGGACACGUUCGGAGACUCCCUGCGCCACGUUAACUUUCUCUACAACAAGGCGUUUGGUUACACCGCACGCAAAGUGCCAGGUCACAUGCCACACAUGAUUGACAAGAAUAUAAUGGCAGAGCUGCAGGAAAGAUUUCCCCAUGAGUGGGCAGUGACGUCCUCCCACAAGGUACGCCACUCUAAGGACAUGCAGUUCGCAUUCGCCUACUUCUACUACCUGAUGGGAGUGAAGCAGGUGGUCACAGCAGGAGACGUAUUCCGUGAGAUGGACACAGACAAUUCACUUGUGUUAUCAGAUAGGGAGAUUCGGACACUUGCGACUCGUCUGUAUGACCUACCGUUAGAUCUACAGACCUUGACCAGCUUUGAGUUCCUUUUUGUGAACUGUUCUAGACAUCUCUCCAGCGAGUUAAAGGCCCAGCCAGGGGUCAGCGAGACCGAGAUGUACUACGAAAAAGACAUGCCACAAGUAACUCGUAACCUGUUUGUCCACUGCCCAGAGAUUCAGGCGUUGAUGAAGAACAAAUUUCCACCUCAGAACAAAUAUAAGUACACAGAAGUAGACGAUGCAGAGAUUGCCUUCAAAAUGAUCAAAACCAAUGUGUCCUUAGUAGUUGGCCAGCUGGACGAUAUAAGAAAGCAUCCAAAGAAAUUCAUUUGCCUGAAUGAUAACAUAGAUCACAGGCAAGAUCAGGCCAAGACGGUGAAGGCCAUACUGGCAGACUUCUACGAGUCAUUCUUCCCUGUACAGUCUCAGCUUGAGUUACCCAGAGAGUAUCGCAACAGAUUUACGCAUAUCGAUGAACUAAGAGAAUGGCGGCAGUAUAGGGACUGGUUGAAGUUCUGGACACAUUUAGCAUUGGUGCUGCUAGUUAUAUUCACAGUUGCUUCGUACUUCUCAGAUAAGAUCGAGGCUGCUCAACGUCGGUUGCUACGACGACGAUCUCCAGACAACUCGACCUCAAGUGCUGGCUGUGACACGGGUCAAGGUCACAUGGUUAUCACCGUCUGACGGUGUCUGCUCUGGUUUAUGACACCUGACGUGAUCAUGGUGAUGAUUGCUAUAGUGAUCAUGAUAAUUGUUGCCAUGGUGAUAUAUGAAUCGAACAAAUUCUAAAUUUGAAACAAUACUCAAUGUUAGUUUUAACAUUAUAUGUGCAAUAGAUUUAAUGUUAUAAAAAUAGAACUUAUGUCAGAGCAUUUUAUUUAUAGAUGUUGUAUUUUUUUGCAGAAACUAACAACAGUAACUGUUAAUAAGACAAAGUAAGAAGUAUAAAUAGUAUUCUGAUCAAAAUUGAAGUCUUCCUUUCAUUUAAUUCCUAAUGAUUACUUUAUUUUUCAAUAUGUUAUAUGAUUUGUUCAUUUUCAUUGGUCAGGUGUCGUAAACCAGAGCCAUUCUGUGAUAUUUAUUGCCAUUCUAAGAGUGUGUUUCAUGAAAACCAUACGAUUGAAAAUCCAGACCCAUUGACUACAAGAAAACAUAGCUGUGAUAGCCAUAACCAUGACUGCUCUUUGAUUUCUGUAAUUACUUACACAAGCAUGUUAGGUGUGCGUACUUGACAGUAGAAGCUGUGAUUCAAAACCUUUAAAAAAUUUGAACAUAUUUAUUUUGAGACAUGAUACCCUGUGUUGCCCUAUCACCAUCAUUAACAUGCAGGUUUUAUGGUAAAUAUUGAAGAGUUAUUCCAACAAUAAAAUAGCAAAUGACAUUAAAUUUGGAUUAAGUCGAUUAAAAUCUUUAAAAUUUUCAAUGUUUAGUGAUUUAAACCCCAUUUAUAAAAAAAUGUUUUGUAUUUUAAGGGUCAAAUACCUUGCAUUAUUCUAUGGCAUUAUAUUGUAUUUCAUAUAUAUUUUUUACAUUCCAUUGUCGAAAGUUUGUAAAACCCUCGUUCCUAUAGUGUCAACUUUUUUGUUCAUUUGUGUUCUUUCAUUGAUGUCAUAUUAUAGUUUGCCCUGUUUUGAAAAAAGCAUAAUUCUGUACUUGUUUUCGUUGCUCACUGUUUGUUAGCAAUAGAGACGGUUAUAAAUAUACUUCUACAAAACCUUUCAUUUAUUUACAAAUCUCUUUUUUUCAAAUUUUGAGAAUUAAACGUGCUGUUUGAAACAUUUUGUUCCCAUUAAAUCUGUGUUUUUCUGUUAAUGGGUAGCAAAUUGUGGUCACUGAACAUUACAUAUUGAAUGUUUGGUAAUUUAUCAUUUAAAGAGUUAAGAGGCAUUUUUCUAUUAAAAUAGCAAUAUCAGUUACAAACCAGCAUAAGCAAGUCUGAGUAAAUUAACUAUGAAGAUGCCCCAUGUUGAAAUGAUGGGCUGUUUGGCAACUCAUAUCUGUCACUAAUGUCGUGUUACAGUUGACAUUCCCAAACUACCAGUAUCAACGUGUAGCGUAAUUACGUAUUGUUCAUGGAGAACACACAGUAACAAACAAAGUUCAUUUCUGUUUUCAUCGAGAUUUAUUUCUGUUAAAUAAUUUCUAACACAACGCUUCUAAUGUUCAUGAAGUACAAUUUUACAGCGCGGCGGCCAACAUGGCCGCCCCGUCAAGAAAACGUGACAACUGUCACCGCAGACUUUCAAAUCUAACCGCAGAAUCCUCUUACAACAACCUCACAGCAUUUUUAUUCUGAGGAAAAAUAAACAUAAAAGUUAGACAUGUCUUAUCCCAUUCUUGAUUGGUUAACUGAUACUCUUCCCCCGAUUUACUAAACCCACCCCUUCGAAUAACCCUUGUUGAUUGAAUGGAUCGCUCAUGCAUCUACCACCUGUCACAGCAGAAGAGUGCAAUACACAAUUAUCACUUUGGGAACGGGAUACCUCAUUUCAUUAGCAUACUUGAUCAUACAAACAGAUGUUCUCUAUGGACAACCCACAUUGGUAAUAUGAAACCUAACACUUCUAUAAUCGAUUAUGCAAACCCUGAUACACAUUCGAUACACAUUCAAUCCAAACUUGUAUCCGUAUGUACCUUGGGAAAUUGGAAUUACCCUUAUAUAAUUAUCAUAUCUGAAUUAUGUAUUGGUUUCAAGUAAUGUUGACCUACGAGCCAAAUUGUUAAUCAAGAACUAAGACCAUGUCAACAGAUGUUCCCGAUAAUUGAACUACAUUGGAGAAAUGAAACCAUACUUCCAUAAUCAAUUUUUCAAACUUCAUUACAUGUCCCAUCCAAACUGACACAUGUUAUGUUAAUUCCUAAAUACCCGCAACACACAGCAACAUUACAUACUCAAACAUAUUAUUAAAAUAUUUCCCUAUUAUUAAAUCUAUCUGUACUUAAAUUUCUAUCAUAAGAAUAUACAAUAUGCAUAUACCGUUAUGUCACGCACCAACAUUUACAAACAAUUAUCUUCCAAAAUGUUCAAAUAUCAAUUAUUUUCCUCAUUUGAUUUGUAAAUAUUAAGACUUUCCAUAGGGUUUGUAGCUUGGGAUUGAUGACGCUUUUAAGAUUAUCUGUUUAUAUUCACAGUUUAUUAUCAAAGGGGAUUUAAAAAAAAUUGUGUGGUACCUAUUUGCUAUAGCUAUGUUGAUAUUUAAGGUAAAGUCCGUCAACAUUAACUUGGCACUUAUGAACUCUAAAAGCAUAAAUUAAGCGCUUGGAUUGUUUCCUAUAUUUGCAUUCUUCUUUGUUCUUACAAGUUUUGAAAUACUUUAUUUAAAAUAACAGUGUACUUAAUCAGGUACGACUAUAUCAAUUAAAAUCGCUUCUAGUAUGGAUUUUUUGUAACGGCGCUUUUAUAUGUUAAUGUAUACUGGUCAGUGCCAGGUUAAUAUUGACCAGCUAUAUCAGGAUGCAGGAUCACGUGACUUUGUGGGGUUCCACCUUUUUACUUUAAUUGGUGUAUACACGACGGUGAGUGGUGCUUUAUUUCAAAUAACUUUUAAAAAUUAUUUUUUUAGAAUUUCAACUAGUGCAUAAAAGACAGAGUUUUAUGCUGCUUAUGGCAAUGUGAAAUACAUCUGAAUUACAUUAUUUAAGAAGCCUGUGUUCUUGUUAAAAAAUUCGGUAUCUACUGCAUCCAUUGUACACGGUUAUGUUCAGGCAACACGAAAUUUUGUCAACAAUUUCAGACGUAUUCAAGGAUUUAUUCUUAUACCUUAAGAUAUCGGCACAAACUGCAAGAAAAAAGUUUAUGUAUUUCAAUAACUUGAGAUAUUUGCAAAAAGAAAGUUCUUAACGGUGUGUGAACAUUCUGUCCAGCCCAUGUGUAAAACCCAGGAAAUCGCGUUGAUUCUGCACCCUGAUAUAUUAAGGCGGUAAGCUCUACAAUGGUAACCAAUUGUUAUUUGUGUAAGAUUAUUAUUUUUCUAACUGUGUCAAAUGUGUGUUCUUAAUAACAUAGAAUUUCAUACGAUUACAGCAUGCACACCUGGAAUUUUAUUAUAGGUAACAUUAGUGUAAACUGUUACUGUUUGAAAUACAUCUAAAAAUUAGCGAUGCCACUUUGGAAUUUUUACUUUUUAGAGCUACCAUCUCAUUGUGUUUUGCAAUAUUAUUUGUAUGGGUUUAUUAUGCAUAUUUUAUUUAAUGUAUAUCUGGAACAUGUGUACAUGUAAUGUACCAGAAUGUUUUGCAUUGGCGUAUUUAAUGAGUAUACAUGUUAUUUUAAGUACAUUUCAAGACAUGGGUAUGUUGGCAAUGUUUACAUUCCACAUAAUAAAAUAUGUCAAACAAAAA